AAAAAUUAAGCUACAAUAAGAUAAGAUAAAUACGACCGAAUAUGCUUUUCCUAAUAUAUAUCUGUAAGCAUAAAUAGAAAAAAAUAUAUUUUCAUGUCGAGAGAGAAUUGGUGUGAUUGAUACACAAACCCACUCUGCACUACAUGUUCCUUGCCUUUUCUUCAAAUCCCAGCAACAAAAUCGACGCUUUUCUGCGCGUUUCCCACCCAAAUUCCAUUUCAAUUUCUCAAUCUUUAAGGAUCAGAAACCCUAAUCAAUCAGGAAAUGUCGGCCCCCUUUUGAAUCUCCACAACAUAGAAUCCCUUAUCUUCUCCAAUUGGGUCUUUUUAAUUGUGUGAUUCAUCGAUUCCCUUUCCCUUUCCGGUUUCUAGGAUUAGUGAUAUUAAGCUUAAUUAGCGUUAUCUAGCUUUAGGAUUGUGGAUUUCCACCGACAAAUUUUCCUGUUGUCACCACCAAUUUCCAGCAAUUGAAUCUCAAGUUUCGCAAUUUAGCUUUUGGUUUCUGGAGCUGCGAUUUUCGUGAUUCAGCUGUUGUAGGGUGCGGAACAAGGUUGAUUUGGGGAAAUUUGUACAGAAUUUAGUGGGCGAGAAAAGAAGCAAAAUGGAGAAAUACGAGCUCGUGAAGGAUUUAGGGUCUGGAAAUUUUGGUGUGGCGAGGCUUAUGAGAAACAAGGAGACGAAAGAGCUCGUGGCGAUGAAAUACAUUGAAAGAGGACAUAAGAUUGAUGAGAAUGUGGCACGUGAGAUUAUAAAUCAUAGAUCACUUCGGCACCCUAACAUCAUCAGAUUUAAGGAGGUGGUUUUGACUCCCACUCAUCUAGCCAUUGUCAUGGAGUAUGCUGCAGGUGGAGAGCUCUUUGAGAGAAUCUGCAAUGCUGGUCGGUUCAGCGAAGAUGAGGCCAGGUACUUCUUUCAGCAGCUCAUUUCUGGAGUCAACUACUGUCAUGCCAUGCAAAUCUGUCAUCGGGAUUUGAAGUUGGAGAACACCCUUCUUGAUGGAAGCCCUGCGCCACGGCUAAAAAUCUGUGAUUUUGGUUAUUCAAAGUCAUCUCUGCUUCAUUCAAGGCCCAAAUCAACUGUUGGAACUCCUGCUUACAUAGCUCCAGAGGUUCUAUCUAGAAGAGAAUAUGAUGGGAAGUUGGCUGAUGUGUGGUCGUGUGGUGUGACACUUUAUGUUAUGCUGGUUGGAGCAUACCCAUUUGAAGAUCAAGAAGAUCCAAAGAACUUCAGGAAAACCAUUCAAAGGAUAAUGGCUGUUCAGUACAAGAUCCCUGACUAUGUCCAUGUAUCACAAGAUUGUAGGCAUCUUCUGUCUCGUAUUUUUGUUGCCAACUCUUCUAGGAGAAUUACAAUCAAAGAUAUCAAGUCGCACCCAUGGUUUCUGAAGAAUCUACCCAGGGAAUUAACAGAUGCUGCACAAACUGUGUAUUACCGCAAAGAGAACCCCACCUACUCUCUUCAGUCUGUGGAGGAUAUUAUGAAGAUUGUGGAAGAGGCUAAAUCCCCUCCUCCUGCAUCCCGUUCAAUUGGAGGCUUUGGUUGGGGAGGGGGCGAUGAGGAUGAGGAAAAGGUGGAAGAUUUGGACGAGGAAGUAGAAGAGGAGGACGAAGAUGAAUAUGAGAAACAAGUAAAGGCUGCUCAUGCAAGUGGAGAAGUGCGUAUCACUUAGACAGCAGCAGUAAAUUUAGUUGAGAAACCGGAAUGCUUCUUUGGUGGUUGUAAAGCUGCCUUAGAUGUUGGUACUCAAUAAGUCUGUAUAUUUUUAGUAUUUGUGCACUUUGGGAAGUUAUGCAUUUUAUCAUUACUGUGAGUAUUGUAAAUUGCAUGGGAGGAGAGACGUCAGUGUGUUUGUCAGUUUACCGUGUGUUUGUUUGAGUCUGCACAUUUUACCCAAACAUUCUGCAUUUUGGUUUGGCAUUGUAAUUUUGCAGCUAUGUUAUUGAUGAGAACUUCUGUAUUUUCUUGU